CCCCUCCUAAAGAUAUUGGCUUCGUUUGUCAGAUGUCUCUUCUUUUCCCUUUGUAGGGUGUAGCCCUUUCUCAAUCUUCUUAAUGGGCCUAUCUAUGAACUUCAAUUGGGCUCUCUUGAUCCUUCAAUAAAAAAGCCCAAUGGGCUACAAAUUUAAAUCAACCACAAUCGGAGAAACUGCACAUUUGGUUUCCGAUGAACCAACGGCGACGUUUCUCCUUCUCCCUCUACCAAACCCAUGUCAAGCUUCUUGCUUUCGACUUAAAUUCCCUCAACCAAACUUCCUCUUCUGAUUCAGUUUCUUUCUCUCGCAAAGGCUAUGCCGUUUCCUGUACAGAGAUUGUUGGCGUUGUGGUCUUCCGUGACCUGAAACCUAACAGGUUUCUUAAAUUCUCCGUUGACGAUGGUACUGCCUGUGUUGGUUGUAUCCUGUGGCUAAAUCAUCUCACAUCGUCUUAUUUUGCUUCACGCCAUCACCAAGAUGUUCGUAUUCUGGGAGAUAUGGCGACCCAUUUCGCAGCUCAAAUUAGGGUUGGGAUUGUUGUUAGGGUUCGAGGGAAAUUGAGCAGCUAUAGGGGAAUGGUGCAGAUUACAGUGUCAGAUGUUGUGGUUGAAGACGACCCAAAUGCUGAAAUUCUGCAUUGGUUGGAUUCUAUGAGGUUGGCUAUGAAGUGUUAUGACCUCUCCCCUACACCCACUUAGCUGUAGAUUCCAUGGCUUUAAAAUGCCAUCUCUAGUCUUCUGAUUUCCCUUCUUUUUUUUUCCUUUCUGAAAUGCUAAAAAGAUUCCACUUUUUGUUAUUUACUGUACAUAAUUUUGCUCAACAGCUUGGCCUUCGAAAUGAUUAUAUAAUAAUAUUGAAAUUAAGUUGCCUCCA